AAGUCUGUUUCAGUAAGUCAGAACUGCUGUGGAGAGAAACAGGACCAGAGAAGAAGACCAGAUGGCGGUGUACUUUGUGAAUGUUUUCCUGCUCUCGUCUUUGGGUGUGGCAGCGUUCAGUGACAUCUUUCAGCCUGUUUCUUUCCAAAUGGUGAAGCUGGGUGACUCAGCUACUAUUGAAUGUCACAUAAACAGUGAAAUGAAAAAAAGAGUGUGGUACAAAUUGACCACAGGGAAGAGACUACAGCUUGUGUCCACAUUUAAUUACCAGUAUAAUCGGACUAUAUUUGCUGAUGAAUUUCAUCAUCAUUCAGCAAAAUCUGACAAAUUCAGAAGUCAUCUGAGAAUAUCUGCAACAACAUGGGACGACGUUGGGACAUACUACUGUGGAGUGGUGAACCUAAAUGACAUUCAAUUUGGACCAGGCACCUUUUUAAUGAUAAAAGGUGCAAACAUGAUCAGUGACUCUGUCUUCCAGCAACCAGAGUCUCAGUCAGUCCAGCCAGGAGACUCUGUGACUCUCAGCUGUUCUGUUCACACUGGCCACUGUGCAGCAGAACACACUCGUGUCAUGUGGCUGAAAAACUCUCACCAUUCUGCUCCACAAAUGAUUUACUCCUCUGGAAAUGACGACCACACCUGCCAGAGGACUGAAAGUGGAGAAACUACCUGUGUGUACAAGCUUCCUAUGAGCAACCUGAGCUCUGAUGAUGCUGGAACUUACUACUGUGUUGUGACGUCCUGUGGACAUUCACAGUCUGGAAAUGGGACCAGGAUUAUUAUUCACAACACUUCACGGACCAAACCAGUUGAACUGAGUCCAGCCGUUAUUGCACUGAUGCUGUCAAACAUCCUUCUUGCGAUUGUGACAGUCAUUCUCAUAUGGACUGUGUGCAAGAGUCAGAGGAAACAUUCCACAGAGGCAACUGACGGAUCUACUGAACGCAAUCAGACUAGUGAUGCAGUUAUCUAUGCAGCUGUGUGUUCAACCCCCAGAGGCCUCCCCACAAGACCAGCUACAGUGAAAUACAGUGGAGACUCUGUAGUUUAUUCUAAAAUCAAAUACUGUCAACAGAACGGAGACGUUUCAUCUUCAACAAACCAGAGAGAGUGAAGAUGGAUGGAGCAGUGCUACAUAAACAAGUUUCAAAUAGAUCCAAAGAGCUCUUUAUCUCUGCCAAAUAUGAACAAAUCAGGAACCGGAGCGCAACACUUCUUCGUGACUGUAAUUAAAGCUGCACAGUUCACAUCUUUGCAGCUCAAAUGGUAUAUUUUAAUACGAAAGACUUAAAUGUGCCCAAUUUUCAGUGAUGGCCAUAUCUACCAGCCUACCUAAUGGAUUGGAAAUAUCUUGCAUUGAUCAGUGCUGCUUACUCUGCACGAACCAUUGCCAAUGUUUUAUAACAUUUCGAUUUAACUUUAACUUUAUUCUUGAGUUUAAAUUUAUCGCUUACGUUUUACUAUCUAUUCUCUGGAGUGCUGUACCAUGGGAUAUACUGUAGAUUUUACUGUGCUGUGAUACUUGGCAAAAGGCCUGUCAGUCGACUGUUACAUUCCAUUGUAACAUGGAAAUAAUAAACUGCUAUAAUUAC